AUGGCCGCGGCGGCGCCCACGGGCUGCUUCAAGUGCGGCCGCCCGGGCCACUGGUCCCGCGACUGCCCCUCCUCCUCCGCACCUGCCGCCGCCUCCGACGCCGACGCACCCACCAACCCCAGUCAUCCCUCCGCCCCCUCCCGCCUCAACGCCAAGCCCAGGCCUUCCGCGUCGGCGGCGGCGCCGGACGGGGACGGGACCGACGGUGGGGCACCGCCGCAGCCGCAGGACGGCAAGGGCAAGAAGAAGAAGAAGGAGAGGGCCACGCGCCCCAAGCUCACGCCGGACCUGCUCCUCUCCGACGGCGGCAUCGGCUUCGUGCUCCGCUACUUCCCAAAGGCAUUCAAACCCCGCGCCCGCCCAGGCCAUGAGGUGGAGGACCUUGGCAAUCUCAUCAAGCUCUACGCGGACUGGCACUCUCGUUUGAUCCCUUACUACUCCUUUGAACAGUUUGUGUACAAAGUUGAGAAAUUGGGUGCCGGCAACCGCGUCAGGAGAUGUGUUUCUGAACUGAGGGACAGGGUUGCCAGAGGGGGUGAUCCUACACUUCUGCACGAACCGCCAAUUUAUGAAGACAUGCCAGAAGGUGAACCUGAUGGAACUGCACCUGAAGACCCAAUUUUCGGCACUGAAGCUCCGCUGUCAGACAACCAUGUCACUGACCCAGUGCAAGGAGAUGCAGAUCAACCGAUGGAGAGCAACGAUGUGGAUCCCAUGGAAGAAGAUUUGCUUAAUGAAAUCUAUGAAAAAGCAGCUGAUGAACCCUGGAUCCCGGCUGGUGAGGGAACCAAUAAAGAGAUUCCAGAGCCGUCGGCUCCAAAAGAAGUUAACUCGAUGGUGCAGAAACCCCAGGAUGGAGCAGCCAGCGAUGGCCCCAAGCCGGCGAAGAUUGAGCUCACUGAGGAGCAGAAGGCGCGCAUGGAGGCCAACAGGCUCAAGGCCUUGGAGAGAGCGGUGGCACGGGCUCGUGCCUCGCAGCCCACCUAA